UCCAGCCUGUGGACUUGAAGUGCUCCUGGGGCAUCUUAGCAGCUGGUCACUGGUCCAUUUUCCAGAACUUUUGGGAAGAGAGUUUGGCCCUUUAAAAACAGAAAGCGGCCGGCUCUGCCGAGCUCCCUCGGAAUCUUUUCUGAAACGCUCUCCUCUCCGCAGCAUCAAGGGGAGUGUUUUGAUUUUUUUUUCUUCCUAAGGCAUGUUGGAUGGUUUAAAAAUACUCUCUGCUCAGUAUUUCUGCGGAGGGUCACGUCCCCACUGUGCGGUGGCUCAUGAGGACUGCAGGCUGGUGCCGUCAGUGGGGAGGCUGGGGUGCAGGACGCAGCACUUCCCAAGCGCUCCCUCGGGCAGGGUGAGGCGCGAAGCCAGCAGAGGGCUCUGACUCCUGAGCGCUCUCCUGAGCCAGUGGUGCAAGAGCCCAGACUUGGCCUGGGGGACUCGGGUCGGUCCCCGAGUGGCUGUGUGACUCGGGACAGGACAGUCCCCACUUCGGGCCUCAGUCUCCUCGUCUGUACCUGAGGUAGAAGUUUCCUCCCAGCAGUCGCGUUGUGCAAGGCCCAAAGCCACCGGCUCAAGCACCCUCAGAGCCCCCAGGAGCGGGCCGCCACCCAGAGUUUCCAUGUCCCUGUCCGUCCCCUGUUUGUUCGUCCCCUGUUCAGCCUGUCUCUUACUCCUCUUCCCCGAUUCCGUCCUGUCCGAGGGGUCCUGGCCUCCCCCUCAGCACAUCACUGUUGAGGACACACGUUGGCUCAACAAGGUGCUGACACACCAGGUCCAUCUGGCCUCCGAGGAGCAGGGCGGCUGGAGCCCUGGAAUUCCGAGCAGCUGCGCAGAGGCGUGACCAAGGCCAGCAUCUGGAGGUGUGGCCACAGGUGGACCAGCCUGACUUUCACGUCAGCAGGCCGAAUGGCCUCCACUUCUCCCCCCACUGUCCCUAGAUCUGGCUCUCAGGGGCCACCUUCCUGUGGGGCUCCUCAAGGCAGGGGACUGCUUGCCCCCCGCCCUGGCCAGCUCUCCAACCCCUCCCCACCUAGCAGCUGCCGGUGCAGAGCCCGCAGGCCGCGGCACCUGGUGGGGACUCCCGGGGGGCUCUCUGGCUUCUUGCCGGGCACACUCUGGACGUCCCCUACCCAGACACGUGACGUCCAUGGAGCCAGCGCAGUCACAGAAUCAGGUUGCUCUGCGUGGCCGCUGCCCUGGACGCACAAGUAUCUCGCUGGGCUCCUGAAACGCUCCUGAACGUGGCUGUUCUUAUUUCUGAACUGCCCCACUCCUGUCCCCGCUCCUGUCCCCCAUUCUUUGCACUGAGCUGACGUCUUAGGACAUUAGAACUCUGACACCUCCUCAGCCUCCUCCUCGGACAAAUAAGGAGGGCGAGGCCUAGACAGCAAAAUGACGGCGGGAGAUGACAGUGAGUCACGCCACUCAGUGGGGAGGACACACGGCUCUGCCUGCCGUGUCCAGGGCCCUCUGCCCCCUGCCCUGGGCCGUCCCCAGCCCCCGCUGACUCUGCCACGUGAGCGUCUCUGUUGCCCCCGGUGCACGCUCCUGUCAUCUCCAUUUUCUAGUAGGGGACACAGCAGGGGAGGUUGGGCUGCCACCUGCCUCUUGGGUACUGGAUGACAUGACCUCUGGGCCCCGUUAAUUUAAAAAGGCAGGGGCUGGCCUUAUGGGGGUCAGACAGGACAAGGCCUGGAGACCUGCCAUCCUCAGGGCCAGGGAUCCAAGGCUGGGCUCUGCCUCUGUCCCAGGGAGCAGCUCACUCACCCUCGGGGGAUCCCAGUGGCUUUCUGCAUGAAGUGGCCCUCAUAGACCACCCUAGCUUCAGGUCGAGGGAACAAAGUGGGAGAUGGCCAUUUCCUGGAAAGAUUCAGGUUCCCGAGAAAGAAGCUGACCUCCCUGGUACCCUUGGAAGGUUGGCUCCUGGGGGUGACAGUUGGGUGCUACUUUGUGAAUACGUCAUUUUUGACAUAUCAGCAAACAAUGGGCAGGAGAAACCCAGCAAUCUAGUCACUUUCACAUGGGAGGGGAAUCUUGAGGUCCUGGAAGAGCCCAGGGGGCCCUUAGGGUGUAUCCGACUCAGGAGUAGAGAAAAAGGAAGAGCCUGAGAUGUUAGCUGCAUGACUCGGGGCGAACCAUUUUCUGUCUUUGAUCCUCAGUUUUUCCAUUUGGUGAAGAGCUUAAUAAAAUCUUCCUGUAAUGUUUAGUGAAGAUCAAGUGAUUCUUUUUCAGUGCCAGGGAUUGAACCAGGACCAGGGCCCAUGGUAGGCAAGCUCUCUGCCUCUGAGCAGCACCCCCAGCCUGGUAUUUUUAGUGGCUGACACGUAGUAGGUGCUCAACUAACAGCAGAAUUAUAAGGUAGAAGCCAGGUCACCUGGUCCUCAGCCCAGGUCUCUUUGAAUUGCUUCUUAUUUGUUGCAAGGCAUUUCUUUAGUGGCGGUGAGCCACAGCACAUGAGGCUGAGACUACGUGGCUGGGUUUUUAACUACAGACUUUUUUCUGGGACUCCUUUUGCUGACCUCCAAGGUGCAAGCAGGAAGUCUGGAUUCGCCUCAGCUUUGCACUAACUGGACACCCUAUCCCAUGGUAGUUCGCGAGUCUCCAACUCCCCCAUUCUCUAGAGCUACACUGUCUCCGGCCACCACGCCGGCCCCACAGGAGCGCACUGGGGUCAGGGAGGGGUGGCUAAAGUCACAAGGAGGCAGCUGGAGCCACAAAGAGCCUCUCACGAAAUGGUGACACGACGUGUUCACCGGGGACUUCCAGAUCCUGACUGCAACCUGGAGACUUCGUGGUUCGGAAUUUCUAGAGAGGACAGAGGUGACGAGGGUCAAGAUGUGGCUGCCUCUCAGAUCCCAGCGUAGACACCCCUCCUCCACUUCCCCCUCUCUGGUGGGCGUCCUGGCUGGGUGGUCAGAUUCAGAAGUGCACAGCCUCUCGGGGCGGGGGGGGGCAUGUGCAUGAGGCAGGCCCGGGGCUUGAGUCACAGCCAUGUGAGGGGACAGGUUGGGCCUGUCACAGGAGCUAGAGGGACUGCUCUGGGCAGGUGCACCUCUCUGCACCACCUCUGCAGCAGGGAAGGCUUCUGCCUCAUGGAACAAGGAGCAGACAGACCAAGGAGCGUCCCCGCCUCGAUAGUCCCCGCCCAGCACUGGGCCACCCACUCCGUGGAGUGGCUCCUGCAUCAUGCUGGGGGUCUUUACUGGCCGUGUCAGAGAGGAAACCAGGGCCCUAGCAUUAUUUCCUGCUUUCUACGGGCCAGUCACCUCCUCUUUAUCCCCGAGUGGGCACUUCCAUGUGCAGACCAGCUGGACACCAGGACUGAAAUGACUGACUAAGGCCACACGGCUGGAAAGGGAGGCCCGCCGGGCAGUGGUCCCGCCAUUUCUCAGGGACCGCGAGUCCUGUCGUCUGAGGGUUGCUGGUCCUGGGGCUCUUGUCAUGACGUGCCAUCAGUGGAACACAGCCCUCUAUGUGGCCAGCCGGGAACCAGCAGGAGACACCCCGCAGCCCGGAGCAGUUAGUGGCUAAAAAAGGAAAUGACUUUCCAUAUGUGAGUUCUGGCCAAACGGCGGCAGAUGCUGAGCGUCUGGGAAUCCGCACCACUGUGGGCGAGGCCCCGAUGUCGUGACCAGUUCUAGGAACAGCAGGGGCAAGAGGUGGCCAGCCAGUGACCAGAAGCUAAAAGAAGCAGCUCGGGCCUCUUUAUGGGAUGUGGAAAAGUGAGAGGAACCCUCCCACCGGCUGAGGCCGGGUCCCAGUGCAGAUCCAUUGGUCUGUCCAGCCUGGGGCCUCCUUCCUCCCCUUUUCAGAAUCACAGAGAAGGCGGGCUUUGGAGUCAGCUGGCCAGGGCAAGUCCACUUAUGCAGGAUUUGCUAGUUGUGAGACUGUACAAGUUCCCUGACCCUGAGCCUCAGGUUUUUUCCUGUGAAAUGGGACAAUACCACAUUCCUACAAGAGUUAGGGGAAGGAUUAGAAAGUGUGACUUUCUAAGUGAAUAUCCGCAACUGAGAGCUCUCUGUUGAAUGAUCACUCGGCUUUCCUGGACCUUAGUCAUCCAGGGUAGACAUGAGGGUUCGCUGUCUGAUCUCUAGAUCGCUUUCUGUUUACCGCUUUAUGACAAGAUGGUGGCUCAGCACGGAGAUGUGAGCGUCACCACAAGCAGAAUCUUCAUGACUGAGUGCACGUUACAGAUCAGCUCCCUGGGGAACUCACAAGGACCUCUGGGUGUUUGCUGUGAUGGAAUCUGUCCGUCCCCCCUCCCUCCACCCUGUGAACACUGGUUCCCAGCAUUUUCGGGAGCACAUCACUUCAGCAUGACUUCCCUUCCCCACUUUGUCUGUCCCUGCUCCGUCUUGGCUUUGGAGCAGCUGUGACAGCAGCGUGUCUGAGUAUUCCCAGAGCCCUUGCCAGACAGGAGGGCUGCGGUGAGCGCGGCACGCUCUGUGGCUUUCCCCUGGCUCUCGUCCCUGCCUCCCUCCCUCUCUGGAGCAGUGCUGUGUGGCCGGUGGACUGCAGGUCCCACAGUGCCCAGCUCCGUAGCCACUCUAUCAGCGUGCGUCUGGUCAUUUCCCCUGGGACCCAAGGGCUUCCCAAGCCUAAGUCAGGGGAAAAGGAAGAAAAUCUAGGUGCCCACCCACUUCUGAUCAACGUGUGUCCCAGCAGUGACCUCACAGAUGUCCUGCCUCGCGGACAUCACCUUGUGUAAGGGGCCAGCCCCUGACCGGCAAGGCCUCACCGAAGAGGAGGACUUCAGGCAAUGCAGACAGCCUCGUGGAUUGCUAAGGCGGAGGCGGUGGGCGCGGUGCUGUUAGAUGGGCCAGCUCUGGCCAGUGGCUUUGACCCCAACUCCACCCUUUACUAGCCGUGGGACCUCUCUCAAUCACACUUUCUGAGCCCUGUUAAGUGAGGGUAAGAAUAUUCCUUACUUCUUCAAGUUGUUGUGUGAACCAAGAAAUAGGUAUUGAAGUUUCACACACACACACACACACACAUGCACACACAGAGACACACACACACACAUGCACACACACACAUGCACACACAGACACAUGCACACACACGGACACACACGCACACACACACAGACACGCACACACAGACACAUAGACACACGCACACACACAGACACACACACAUGCACACAUACACACAUGCACACACACAUGCACACACAGAGACACACACACACAGACACAUGCACACACACGGACACAUGCGCACACACACAGACAUGCACACACAGACACAUAGACACACGCACACACACAGACACACACACAUGCACACAUACACACAUGCACACACACACAUGCACACACAGAGACACACACACACAGACACAUGCACACACAUGGACACACGCGCACACACACAGACACGCACACACAGACACAUAGACACACGCACACACACAGACACACACACAGACACAUGCGCACACACACACAGACACACAUAGACACACGCGCACACACACAGACACACACAGACACAUGCACACACACACAUACAGACACACACACGGACUCACGUGCAUGCACACACACACAGAGACACAUGCACACACACACAGACACAUGCACACAUACGCACACACAGACACACACGCACACACAUAGACACAGAGACACACACACGCACACAGACACAGAUGCACACACACAGACACACACAGAGACACACACAGACACAUGCACACACACAGACACAUGCACACACACACAGAGACACAUGCGCACACAGAGACACACAGACACAUGCACACACACAGACACACACAGACACAUGCACACACACAAAUACAUGUGCACACACAGAGACACACACACAGACACAUGCACACACACGGACACACACGCAUGCACACACACACAGAGACACACACACAGACACAUGCGCACACACACAGACACACACACACACACACACAUAGAGUAUCCGACGUAUGGGAAAGUCUCUAUAAGUGUGUUUUGUUGUCAUCAUCAUCAUCACCCGCGUCCAGUUUCCCUGUGUGUGUGUCACUCUGGAUAAACUAGGAGAAGCAGUGAGAGUCCCCAGGACAAUCAAGACACUCGGGGGCUGAGGCUCGAGACCAGUGUGCCUGCCGCUGUCCCCUACAGCCACCUUACGGCAGGACUGUGGGGGGGUAAGAGUGAGGUACCAGAGAUGUGUGGUGUGGUCACCCUGACACUUCAUAAAGCCCUCCACUGUGCGGCAGAGCCUGGGACUUCCUCGACCACAGAAGUGACUGGACACGUUGGUGCGUCCCUCUCAGCAGAUUCUCCACCUGGGAGGCAGCCAGCUCCCUGGGCCGUUCCCUCGGGGGUGAGUGGAACAGAGCAGAGCGGGGACUGGCAUCAUUUCUGGGAAUGACGACCUUCGUUGAGGACCAGGGGUCUGUCAGCUACUGCCCAGGACAUGUGUCGCUGUCCAGAAUCAGACCCAGGCCCCGUGGGGCGGUCUCGCGGCCUGACCUGACAAACUUGGGCCUCCGGAACCCUGAAAGAUUCCUUUUCUGUCAAUCAUCCAGAGCCCCGGAUGUUUGCCCUGUAGUUCUCAGCACAUCAGACACUUCAUCUACCUUGAUCCUCCAGAUCCUCCAGUGCACUUAUUUCCAUCCCCAUCCGACAGACAAGGAAGCGGAUUCCGGGAAGUAAAUAAGCCCCGGCACCGUCCCCUCCCCUCCAGCAUGGGCGACUGGAGCUUCCUAGGGGAGUUCCUGGAGGAGGUCCACAAGCACUCGACGGUCAUCGGCAAGGUCUGGCUCACGGUGCUCUUCAUCUUCCGCAUGCUGGUGCUGGGCACCGCGGCCGAGUCCUCCUGGGGGGACGAGCAGGCCGACUUCCAGUGCGACACGAUUCAGCCGGGCUGCGAGAACGUGUGCUACGACCAGGCCUUCCCCAUCUCGCACAUCCGCUACUGGGUGCUGCAGAUCAUCUUCGUGUCCACGCCGUCUCUGGUGUACAUGGGCCACGCCAUGCACCACGUGCGCAUGGAGGAGAAGCGGAAGCUCCGGGAGGCCGAGGGGGCCAGAGAGGGCCACCGCGGGGCUGGCUCCUGCGAGUACCCAGCGGCCGAGAAGGCGGAACUGUCCUGCUGGGACGAAAUGAACGGGCGGGUGGUCCUCCAGGGCACCCUGCUCAACACCUACGUCUGCACCAUCCUGAUCCGCACCACCAUGGAGGUGGCCUUCAUCGUGGGCCAGUACCUCCUCUACGGGAUCUUCCUGAGCACCCUGCACGUGUGCCGCCGGAGCCCCUGCCCGCACCCGGUCAACUGCUACGUGUCCAGGCCCACGGAGAAGAACGUCUUCAUCGUCUUCAUGCUGGCCGUGGCCGCGCUGUCCCUCUUCCUCAGCCUGGCCGAGCUCUACCACCUGGGCUGGAAGAAGAUAAGGCACCGGUGGGGCAAGCCUCAGCAGCACCUGCCUGAGCGCCGGCUCCCGGGUCCCUCCGGGGCCACGGCCCAGAGCUGCACGCCUCCGCCCGACUUCAGUCAGUGCCUGGAGGACGGCCCUGGGGCAAAGUUCUUCCGUCCCUUCGGUGACAGCAUGGUCCCCCCGCAGAACCCGGACAGCCUGGCCGCGGACCCAGUGCCAGGCCAGCAGCAAGAUCCCAGGGAGGGUUUCAUCCAGAUCCGGUAUGGCCAGAAGCCCGAGGUGCUCAACGGAGUCUCCGCAGGUCACCGCCUCCCACACAGCUAUCACAGUGACAAGCGCCGUCUCAGCAAGGCCAGCAGCAAGGCCAGGUCAGAUGACCUAUCCGUGUGACCCUCAAUCAUGGGAGGACCAGGGGUAGGCGGGGAGAAAGAGGCCCGGGGGGGGAAAAGGGGUCUCUUCCUCCCCGGGUCCCCAUCCUCGUCACUCCUCUGCUCCUGUGGGCCCUGCGUCUCCCCGGUGGGCGCUGCUGAAGGUGUACCCGGAGCUCUGAGAGUGAGGAGACGGGGCUCCCCAGGCGCUGCCUCCCCACCUCCACCUGGUGUCCUCCGGGCCUAAGCCAGAGGAAGGGAAGGGUAGCCCAGGAGUGGAACGCCAGAAACACCCCAUUACGGCCUCCUGCUCGAUCCCCAAAGAACCCGACCCAGCCCUGACCCGCCCACGGACGAGGUCAGAGUUCCCAGCCCAGAGAGGACUGGCAUCACGCCUGCUCUGGAUCGUGUCCCCAUGGGCCGUGUCCUGGGGUCGGUGAGGGGCCUUGCCUGCCCCGGUGCUCCUCCUCUACUCAGUUUUUAAAGGGAUCCCCAGAACUUGACCAUCAGUCUCAACUUGAGAGGUGCUCUGGUCUGUACCUCUGGCAGAUGGCCCAUGUUGGGGACGUCCCUGUCUUUCGCCAGAGCGCACCCAGUCCACAGGGCACCUGCUCUCAUGGGGAGUCUCUGUGCACGCAAACGCCACUGGGAUUCCUGCCACUACCCGUCCUCCUGGGGCUCCUUCACAGCUCAACUCAGUGAUAGAAACCAUUCUCGCCCCUCCUCCCGAUCCUCCCUGGGCUGUUUGUCCAGCGUUCCUCCAAAGACCUUAUCAACAGGGGUGGCCGGGCACAGUGGCCAAGCCUGUGAUUCUAGAGGCUCGGGAGGCUGAGACAGGAGGAUCGUGAGUUCAAAGCCAGCUUCAGCAACUCAGCAAGACCCUGUCUCUAAGUAAAACCCAAAGAAGGCUGGGGGUGUGGCUCAGUGAUUAAGUGCCACUGGGUUCAAACCUGGGAAACCACCCCCUCCCAGCCAAAAAAGAUCUUAUGGACAGGAAACCCCAAGAGCCCUUGUCUCUCAGAUUCUGCCCAGAUCACCAGCACUGAGGUCAGCGGAGUUUCCCGAGGACUUAUGAAAACAGAGACAGAAUUGUGCUCCCUAGAUUCCUCUUGGGAAAAAGUAGUUCUGCUGUGAUGAUGAGAAUGAGAAAGGAGAGAAGCCCCUGGAGAUCAUCUCCCUCCUAUCCCUUCUGCUGACUGCCAACCUGAGUGCCCAGAGGAGGGCGGUGGCACCGCGAGACCCAAGGUCUCCCCAGGUGUUGGAGGGUCAGAAGGAGGGAAUCUCCAGGUUGUUUAGUUCUGUUUGGGAAGGCCCUUAUUUAAGGGGCACAGACUCCAACCUGUCUCUGGUGCCCCCAAGGAGACUGCCAAGUGAGGGUGCAGAGGCUCUGCCCCCUGACGCUGUCUGGUGUCUCCAGAUGAAUCCAUCACGGUGCCUCCAUUUGGAAUGCAGAUAAAGGGCACCCAGAAUUGGACAGUGACAUUAUUACCUUUGAAAAUGCAUGUGUGCGUGUGUGUGUGAGCGAGAUGCAUGUUUUUGAACCAGAGAUUCUGUGAGAUCACUCCUUGAUGGUGAGGUUUUACAGGAAGAAAAAGAGAAGUGAUGUGAGUCAUUUUUCUUAAUAAACUCUGUCUUACAUCUA